AAAAAAAAGUUGUGAAGUUACAAAUAUGACGUGAAAUAGAUCCUAAGCACACGCUUGCCCAUUCAAACAGUUAUAAGAAGCUUCAAACUCGCUCCCUCUCCGGCUACAGAGAGUUGUAUAAUCAGUAAGCCAUGGGACAAGUUUUAGAGAAACUUCGAGGAAGGGAGUGGAGACAAAGACAAAUAAGAAAGAUAUCAGACAAAGUCUUUGACCGAAUCAAAAAUGAAUCAGGAAGGGUCAAUUUGGCAUUUGAAGAUCUAUACAUUUCCGUGCUACUUGUGUACAAUGACAUUAACAAACAUUUGCCUGGACCUCAUUUUGAUCCCCCGCUGAAGGAGACAGUCAGAACCUUGAUGUUGGAUUGCGAUAUCAAUCUUGAUGGAGAACUUGACCGUGAAGAAUUUGUGAAGUUCAUUAAACUAUUAACAGCAGAUACCUUCAACACUGUUAGUCAGGGACUGAUCAUUGCGUUGGUUGCAGCACCAACAUUUGCAUUAGUAACAAAGAGGGCAACAGAGGGUGUCCCAGGUGUUGGCAAGGUGGUGCAGAGGUUACCGAAUUCAGUUUAUGCAUCCAUUGUGACUCUUGCAGUUGUGAUGUUCCAAAAAUCAGGCCAGGAAAUCGAAUAAACCCACUAUUUUCUUCCAGUUGAAUUUCUCCACAUUGUAUAUAGAGUGGCCAGUGAUUAUUUGCAUGCAUGUAGUAAAUAAGCGAACUGGUUAUUCAGCUUUUACAUUUUAAAACAUGGAAUAUGUUUGUAAGGAGAUACACUUCCACUUGGGCUCUUUUGUUAUUUGCAAGUAUAAUUAAACAAGUGAACUGAUCAUUUGCUACAAACAUUGCGAAAACAUAGAAAAUAUGCUUCCACUUGGUCUCUUAA